AGUAAAAUGUCAAAUUUAAAAGAGCGCCAUUUUAUGUUAUCACAAAAGAUUUGGUUAAUUGUAUACUUUUAUGAAACGUGUUAAUUCAAAUUUUAGCUUCUUUCAGUUAAUAAUCGUAUUGUAAGAUAGUCUACUCGAUAACAUGUUUACUAUGAAAUAAAAAAAAAUUGUACUAUUUGCAAGAAAAUUGCGUUCAAAACCGGUUGCAUUUUAAACGCUUCUGAUUUUAAGCAAACAAGAAACAAUAAUGGCGUUACAUAGUGUACCGCCGAAAAGAAAAGAAAUUUACAAAUAUGAAGCACCAUGGCCCUUGUAUAGUAUGAACUGGUCUGUUCGACCUGAUAAGAGGUUUCGUUUGGCUCUUGGUAGCUUUGUAGAAGAAUAUAACAACAAAGUGCAAAUAGUAUCACUGGAUGAAGAAACCUCUGAAUUUAGUGCCAAAAGUACUUUUGAUCAUCCUUAUCCAACUACAAAAAUUAUGUGGAUACCAGAUAGUAAAGGUUUGUUUCCUGAUCUCUUAGCUACAUCUGGUGAUUAUCUAAGAGUCUGGCGAGCAGCUGAACCAGAAACUCGUUUAGAAUGUGUCUUAAACAACAAUAAGAAUUCAGAUUUUUGUGCUCCUCUCACAUCUUUUGAUUGGAAUGAAGUAGAUCCAAAUUUAAUUGGUACUUCAAGUAUAGACACAACAUGUACCAUCUGGGGUUUAGAAACAGGCCAAGUUUUGGGUAGAGUAAACAUGGUUACCGGCCAUGUUAAGACACAAUUAAUUGCCCAUGACAAAGAAGUAUAUGAUAUUGCAUUUAGUCGAGCCGGUGGUGGUCGCGACAUGUUCGCAUCUGUUGGCGCCGAUGGGUCUGUGAGAAUGUUUGAUUUACGACACUUGGAACAUUCGACGAUAAUUUACGAAGAUCCACAGCAUACACCAUUGUUGAGACUUGCUUGGAAUAAGCAAGAUCCUAAUUAUCUGGCGACGGUUGCGAUGGAUGCAUGCGAAGUAAUAAUUUUAGACGUUCGGGUCCCUUGUACGCCAGUUGCGAGAUUAAAUAAUCAUAGAGCAAGCGUUAAUGGCAUAGCUUGGGCUCCACAUUCAUCUUGUCAUAUUUGUACAGCAGGAGAUGAUCAUCAAGCAUUAAUUUGGGAUAUACAACAAAUGCCAAGAGCUAUCGAGGAUCCGAUUCUCGCUUACACUGCUGCAGAAGGAGAAGUGAAUCAGAUUCAGUGGGGUGCUACACAGCCCGAUUGGAUUGCAAUUUGUUAUAAUAAAGCAGCAGAAAUCCUCAGGGUGUAAAGAAAAUAUUUUUUAUCAUUAAGCCAGUAUCAUUUUACUGUAUGCGUAACAUUUCACUGCGAGUUCUUACUUAAAUUUAUUGCAUCUUAUGGUUUUCAUUAUUUGUACAGAUUUUUGUCACUAUCGUAUGUUUUAUAUGAUUUUUUUUUUGUACCUGUAAAAUAGUCAUGUACAAAUAUUAGUUACUUUUUAAGAUAUCGAAAAUUCGAUAAGAGAAACAUCUGACACAAUGUGUGGGUAAUGUUGAGUUAAAUUGAAUAGUUGGUUAUAAAUUUUAGUAAUUUCUUAAAUAUCCAUUCAAGGAGGUUCUUAUAUGUUAACUCGACGCAAUGUGUUUAAACUGUGCCACUGGUAUCUUACGUGUAUUUAUUAUUCUUAGGUUCGUUGAACAAUCAUAGACUAUAUUAAGUAAAAUAAUAUAAUUAUAAGAGCUCAUUGAAUGCUAAUUAAGUUACAUAGUACUUCUUUAAUAAUCGAUAAGUAAAAUCCUGAAGAUGCAAUGUAUAGAGACUGAUGAACUAUAUAUAUAUAUAAUAUAUAUUUAUGUAAUGUAUGAUGGUAAUUGAUGUAUUUUAUUUUGUGAUGAUAUAUACGCAAGAUUAGUUGAGUUUCAAAAUAAUGAAUCGAUCUACUUCUUAAAAACAUUGUUAAAUAAAAAUUGGACAAGCGUUUUUGAUAAAUUAAAGCAAAAUAAAAUAUAUCUAUUACGUUAUAAAAUUGUAUAUAUGUUUAUAUUUACAUAUUUGCUUGAUUUUAUAGGAAAGAUUAGAAUAUUGUGACAGGUUUUCCAUACAAGAAUUGGACUGUAUUAUUAAUAUGACUUGUUUAAAAAUAUAUAAUGACAUCAUAUUACAUCAUAUAUUCAUAAUUAAAUAAAAAUAAAAAAGAUCAAAUCAUUUUAUUACAAUGACGAAAAUUAUUAGCGAAUAGAGUUGGUGAUACUAAUAUUAAUAAUGAAAUAAUUUAGAUAACGAUGUGAUUACUCACGAGCUUUUAAAAUUUGUAAGAUUGUGUCGUAAGAAUCGUAGCUAAAAAUAGAUCUCUUUUUUUUUUAAUACAUUAAUUAUUUAAAUUAAUGUGAAAAUAAUUUAAGUCAAUUAAUAUAUACAUUAAGAAUCAUAGUUCUCUGUACUGAAAGUAACGUGAUGGGAUGCAUAAUUUACACGAUUUCAAUUUUAGAAGAGCAAAAUCUAUAUUGGUACUCCAAGUAUUUUAUAAUUUAAAGUUACAUAAUGAGCGAAAUGCAUUAUUUAUAAUAAUGAAAUGCGUGUACACGAGUCGGAAUAGCAGCCAGUCAGAAUUAAAACAUUUAUUUUUUAAGUUAAUCCUUUAUCUAUUUUUUUUUU